AUGACCUCCUCUCUCCCCUGCAAGGCUAUUAGUAAGAAAGAGCAGCAGUUGCGAAAGCUGGAUGAUGAAUGGGACGCCAACGCGAGGCUCCCUGUUCAAAUGAAACAAUCAACACUGCAAAUGCAAGAUCAUAUUCAUUUCCUCUGGAAUCGACGCUCCAAAAUGCUAGAGGAAAAGUCCAUUGAAAAUGAAUUCGCCCGAAGCGAAACAACGCGGCUGAAUGGUUACGCAAAGGAGAUGACUGCAAUAAUACACCCAGCAAUUUCGGGCUUAUACAGCGAACUAAAACAUCUACGUGUCCAAAUGGAAACCGACGAGGUGUUACCUUCAGUCUGA